CCUAGAGAUCCAUAUACUUUCGAGAGCAGAGGAUUCGCCUUCGUGAGGUAUUGCUCAGACAGGGAGGCAGAUUGUGCAAUACGUGGUAUGGAUGGACACAAGGUGGACGGCCGUGAAAUUCGCGUCCAGAGAGCUAAAUACGGCCGGCCAACUCCAAAUCGCCGAAGACGAUCGGUUACUCCACGACGAAAUGGACGUCGUUCUCGUUCUUUUUCGUCAGGUCGUGAGAGACGGUCCCCACGUAGGAUGAAUGAUCGAUACCGUCUUCCCUCCUCUCCUCGACGCUAUAGUCGGUCCCUGUCAAGAGAACGUCGUUGACUUCUGCUUACUUGAAUUGUUCAUUGUUUUUAUCGGUUUGUAUGCAUACAUCAUGAAUUUAUUAUUUAACUCAGUCUUUUGCUUUUCUUAUCAGUUGGUAUCCUGCCGUUAUGGAUU